AGCAUAAUUGAGCCUGGCUCGACUGUCCUUGGUGCUAACAAAGCUGGUUGGACUCUCCAUUCUGCUCUUCAUGCCGCCCGGUCAGAUGUCAAUUGUAUAAUCCAUAUUCACCUGCCUGACGUGAUUGCUGUUUCUUGUAUUCGUGCUGGUUUGCUUCCCUCUAGUCCCGAAGCAACAGAAUUACUUAACGAAUACGGAGUGCGCUAUCAUAAUUAUUAUGGAAUUUUAGUUGAUGAAAGUGAACGCGAAAGCAUUAAGAAAGAUUUAGGAUCAUCGGCUAAAGUUCUCUUUCUUCGCAACCAUGGUGUGGCCAUUGCUGCUGCUAGUAUACCGGAGGCUUGGUAUUUGGUCAAACGAGUGGUGGCUGCGUGCCAGACUCAGAUGCGUCUUCUUCAAUUAGGUAGCGGUGCUACUCUUAUGCAUGAACUGCAAUCCAGUUGGAAUUCUCGUCAUAAUGACCCCAGUCGACCUUUUGGUGAUCUUGUGAAUAACCAUCAUGCUGGCGACUGUGCCAACAAUCUGGACACUCUUGGGACUUCUGCUAGUUAUAAACAAAAUGACGAAACUGAAAAUGUCGAACCUGUAUGGAGUCCUGGAGAACUUGAAUUUGAAGCUCAAAUGCGAUUGCUCGAUAGCGCUGGCUACCGAACUGGUCAUAUAUACAGACAACCGAAUCUGUUGCGAAGGGCACCCACUGGGAUGGCCUGGCCACCCUCUGCUCAGGGUCUUCCGGCCGACCUGUCCCCAGGCGUUUUAGCUGACUUUGUUCAACAGCCUGGCUCAAUGUCGACUCCAAUGCCAACUAUGCUGUCAGAUAUAGAAGUUGCAAAUGCUGCUGGUGUUCAACAAAAGGCCAAGUGGGCACUAUUUUCAUGUGCUUAUCGUUUACAUCUCUUUUCAGCCGGGAUUUGA